AUGGUGUACACUUCGUUGACUGAAGCUCCUCACAACGUCAAGGAGGGCAUUGACUGGUUAAUGGCUCUUAAGGGAACUAGUGGCGAGAGCACCUUGAAGGCUAUGGUUGGCGCAAUUCACCAUAUAUUCUCAGAACACUCUGAUGGAAAUAAUCCGUUGCCGUCUCUCGAUAAAAUUAAGAGCAUUUCUAAGGAAUUUCUAGAAAACCCGGAGCUACGAGAUAAUAUUUUAGUGAAAACCUUGCUGAGGAGAUUCUAUACUCCGACUAGUGCCGCAAAUACUGGGUUUAGGCGCUAUUGGCAUAGACAAUUUGAUGAGUAUGGACGCGUCGUAGGAGUUAAGGGGGCCAAACCUGAAUACAUCGAAGAGUGCUUAAGCAAUGUUAUGGAUGGUUUUGCGAAGCUCUUGGAUGAUAUCAAAAACCCCGAUGAGUAUAAGUCUGCUUACAGUUCAAAAGCGACUUGGGAGGCAUCAUGCGCAAAAGACCCGGAGGCUUGUGCAGUGGUGCUGGUGGGAAUUGCGCCAAUGUUGUACGCAGGUCUGCGUUCUUUGUGGGGUACGGCCGAAUUUAAAGUAGGACCGUUUCACAAGCACACGGCACGUCAGAAUUUGGGGGACGUUUUGAGAGCCCUGGGUUACGUGGAGCCGGAAUGCCGCUCUGGUAUGGAUGGUUCAUAUAUAUACGAGACUUUUAGAGGUUUGGAUAAGGAUUUAAUACAUAAUACGUAUGAUCUUGCCGGAUUUGACGUUUUCUAUGGAUCGAAAACGCCAGUGCCUGAGAAAGCUGAACCUUCUGCAGAAUCUACGUUACGUGCAAAAGUUCGCAAGUUCUACAUGGGCAGCAGGGAAGUAUACGGAAUACCAGGGGUUGACAUUGACAUGGGUUUGGUGAAUGCCUGGAAUUCCAAGAAUGCUAAGAAGCCUGCCAAAACACUUACUGGGCUAGGAUCGGACAACAUUUAUUAUCCGGGUGCACCAACAGUGGCGAACUUGAACGCUGCUAGCUUCAUUUGA